AUGAGUAUUGAUCCGGAGUCGUCGUGGUCUAAUUCGAACGCUGAAAAUGAUGCAACUUGUGAAAUUAUUCGAAGUGGUGUAACAUUUCAUGUUAAGGUUGGUUCUCUUUUUUUUGGAUAAUAAUAUUAAAAUAUUUGAGAAGAUACUUGAUUUUGAAAAACCAUAAAACGUUUCUUAUGUAAGCUUAAAUUUCUCUUUUGGUUCUCACUACCAAGAAGGCAGAUUUUUGUGCCAUGAUGAGUCAAUCACACUAGGAUGGACGUUCUUUAAUAACCCUAAAUUAAAAACUCUCCCAAUUCAAUCAGAAAAUUACUCACUCUGAGACCGAACCAAUUGAAUCUGGCGUUUGGGGUCGUUUUCGGAGUUUCCUUUUCUUCAACAACUUUUCUCUCCUCCCAAUUCAAUAAUUGUUUGAAAGUGCGAGGAAAAUGAUGAUAAAUAACAUGUUGAUUCAUAUGUGUUUCGUUUGGAAAUGUGAAGAAACAUCCUUCCCAUUUACAGACAACUGUGCAACGUGGAAGCAUUUCAAUAAUCUGAAAUCAAACAACAAUUAGAAUUGUGAAACGUUUGGUUGAUAUAAAAAUAAGGAAAGAAUUGAAUAAAUUUACAAUAUCGAAUAAGAACCGUUCUCUUUACUUGAAGCGUGAGAAACACAUUUCGAAUGAAUCAUAUUGAAAAAUGAGCAGCACGAUAAAUUUAACAUCAGAACAACAAAUCAAAGUAAUCAUAUUUAAGAGAAAAUAAAUGUUGUCAAAAAAUGAUUGUAUCUAAAAAUAGGGGAAAAGCAAUCAAAUAAUUAUUCGUACAAAACAAAAGGUUAUUCCCAUAGAAAACUGUGACUUUCUUUUUUUAUGAGAAAUUAUGUGUCAUCACUGUCUACUUCUAGUUAAUGUUAAUAGAAAGACCGCCCGUUUUUCAAAUUAUAUUUGCUCAAAAAUGGUUAUUUUAUAGAAGACAUCAUAAAGCUCAGCUUCACAUUGCUAACAUAAAAUAUUAAUAGAAUUAAAGAAAGCCAGUCAUUUGAUAGAACCGUUACAAAAUAGAAUAAUUUCUGGGAAAAAUAAAUAGAGAAAACGGUCUACAAACCAAAUUUUGAUGAUACAUAUGUGUUUCCACACAUUUCUUGUGGAAAAUCACAUUAAUAAAAAAACCGCGGUGCCUGUUUGUGUCUCCUCCCUUUUUCUGUCUGUAUUUUUUCCAAGAAGAUCUAUCAUAAAAAUUAUGAGUCAUGGCAUCUGUCUAGAGAAACAUUAAUGUAUGGCCAAUGAACUUUGAUCAAAAAUAUAACCAAAGUAAAACAUAUAUGUACAUAUGUUAUGGUUUCCAAUGGGGCCAUACUGUGGUUUAUAAUCCAAAUGAUAUAAUCUUGAACCUUUGAUGAGAACAAUAACAGAAUUUAAAUUUGGAAUUUUUUUUUUCAGUUCUACGGUUAUGUGCCAAUCAACAUCUCAAUUUCAAAGCAAGAAAAGUCAAAAAAAGAUCGCAUAACGAAGUCAGUUAAUUUUUGAAUUUCUCUUUCUUACCUUCAAACUCCUCACCAAAUAAGAUCAACAAAAUUUCAAAUGUUUCCAGAGCUUGUAUUCAAACAGUUGUUCGAUCCGAACAAACCGAAGAUUUCAAAACAAUUUUCAAUGCUGAAGUAUGUUCCUCAAAAUGUUUUUUUUUUGAAAUUAUUAUUUUGUUCAGAAAGUCUCAAGUUUUGUAAGAUUGGAUUGUUUGAAUGCAAAUAUGCUUAUAACUGCUAACACUAUCAGUUUAUUCUAUAUUGAAGGAAAAAACACUAGAUUGAUUGCCAGAUAUUUAACAGAUGAUUUUUCAUUUGCCACACAUGACGUCAUUGUGAGUUUUUUCAAAUUGUUUUUAAAUUAAAAUGAGCAAAUAUUUCCAGGAUUCUCAUCAAUAUUUUGGAUUCAUUGUGAAAAGUAAAGACAAAAGAGAAUGUAUUGUGUUGAAACUUACUUCAGCCGCCGCGGUAAAUUUAUUGGAAUGAAGCUUUUUCAAAAAAUUAAUUACAGAAAAAUAAUAUGAUUCAAAUUUUGAAAACUGCCGAUGGAUUCAAAAAACCAUCAAUAAAUUCAGAAGCUAGAUUAGUUAGUUUUCAUUACUUUUCUUUCACAAAUUUGUUUUUUUUUCCAGAAACCCGCACAGCAUUUCAAUUUAACGAAACAAAUGAGUCCAUAUUUUCACGGCUAUAUAGAACAACAUGAAUGCGAACGACUUUUGACUAGAGUCGGCGAUUUUUUAUUUAGGUUUGUUAUUGAUGUCUCAAUCAGAAACAAAUGUAUACAAGUUUUUCAGAGCCAGUAGAGAUCCAAAUUUCAAGGGAUUUUUGAUUGUUAUUAGAAAAGCUGUGCCAAACAAAGAAAAUGAGAGUUUUAUUGAUACAAUGAAAAAAACAACAGAAGAUAUUGAAAUGUUCAAUAUUUUGAAACGAUAUCAAAGUGAAGGAACAGAUUUGAAGAGACCAAUCAUGAAGUUGAGCAGUAUAUAG